AUGGCCCUGAAAUUGAAAUACAAGGACGAGCACGGUAUCCUUCACAUCGACAUGAGUCCAUCAACGAGUCCGGCGCGGACCGAAGAAGCGGAACACGAAGACCUUACAGACCCGAAGUUUGAUACCAUCAACAAUCGCUUCGGGAAAUACGACCUCUUCGGAGGGAAAUACGAUGGAGGGGAGACGCCUCAAUCGCUGUUCAGAAGCCGCUACAACAGUAUCGAGGAGGAAUUGGCUAACACACCUUACGCGUUCGCGACCGAUCGCUCGCUUCGUCUCACGGAGCCAGUCUUAGAUAUCACUAUAAAGUCGCACAGUUACGACGCGUCCCCUUCAAAAGAUAUCGAGGACGAUCGAUUCUUCAAUCGAGACAUCAGUCUCGAUUAUGGCCUGUUUGGUCCACAAAUCGAUUUUAAGGCAUCGGUGAAAACGUCCGACGAAGAGGACCCUCCCGCGUUUACAGUAACACAACUGAUACACGCGCAAGAUCGAUAUUUCGAUUUAUCGACGCGACAGAGUUUCGACAGUCCGAAAGCCGGUGUUAAGGGUAAAGUGCGGACUUUAGCGGACAGUUUCGAAGUGAAAAGUGCGCCAAGUUCGGCUAAAAAGUUCGGCAGAGUUACAAAAAGUGACAAAGUUUCGGAUAAUAAUGCGUUCAAAGUGCUGUCCACUGAAACUGUGAAGAGUUUUCCGCAGUCAGCUUCUGCAAGCUUACCGUAA